AGAGGGGCGGCUCCCGGCGUGCCCCGCGGCGGGCGGGGCCGCGUUCCCGGCGUGCCCCGCGGCGCGGCGCGGCGCGGCGGGCGCCCCCUGGCGGCGCGGGCGGCGCGGUGGCGGCGGGACGGAGCGCGGCGGGGAUGAGCGAGGAGGGGGCGGGCGGCGGGGCCAGGCGGAGCGGCGGCUUCCCCAGCCCUGUCCCCAGCCUGGAGCAGAUGCUGGCCUCCAACCCCGGGAAGACGCCCAUCAGCCUGCUGCAGGAGUAUGGCACGCGCAUAGGCAAGACCCCCGGCUACGACCUGCUCAAGGCCGAGGGCCAGGCGCACCAGCCCAACUUCACCUUCCGCGUCACCGUCGGCGACGUCAGCUGCACCGGGCAGGGACCCAGCAAGAAGGCGGCGAAGCACAAGGCGGCCGAGGUGGCCCUGAAGCUGCUCAAGGGGGGGGACAUGCUGGAGCCCGCCGCCCCCGAGGAGCCCAGCUCUCCUUUCCCCCCAGAGCCCCCGGCUGAGCUCGGCCCCGCGGCAGCCCCCCCGGCGCCCUCCGUGCCCCCGCCUUCGCCCAGGGGCACCCCCCUGGAGAUGAAGACGCCCGUGUCCCCCCCGCAGUCGGAGUGUAACCCCGUGGGGGCUCUGCAGGAGCUGGUGGUGCAGAAGGGCUGGCGCCUGCCCGAGUACACGGUGACGCAGGAGUCGGGGCCGGCCCAUCGCAAGGAGUUCACCAUGACGUGCCGCGUGGAGCGCUUCGUGGAGAUCGGCAGCGGCACCUCGAAGAAGCUGGCCAAGCGCAACGCGGCCGCCAAGAUGCUGGUGCGGAUCCACAACGUGCCCAUGGAGCCGCGGGAGGGCAGCGAGGCCGAGGUGGAGGAGGACCAGUUCUCCAUGGCAGGUCCCAGGCUGGAGGGGCUGCGGGGCCGGGCGCCCGGCUGCACCUGGGACUCCCUGCGCAACUCGGCGGGCGAGAAGAUCGUGCAGCUGCGGAGUCACCCGCUGGCACCCCUGGGUGCCGGGGCCUGCGCCCUGCUGCAGGAGCUCUCCGAGGAGCAGAGCUUCGCCAUCAGCUACCUCGACAUCGACGCGGUGAGCCUCAGCGGGCUGCACCAGUGCCUGGUGGAGCUGUCGACGCAGCCGGCCACGGUGUGCCACGGCGCGGCACCCUCCCGCGACGCCGCCCGCACCCAGGCUGCCCGCAACGCCCUCCAGUACCUCCGCAUCAUGGCGGGGGGCAAGUGAGCGCCCCCCCCCCCCGCCCCGACGGACCCCCCCGGGCCCCGACACCCGCCUGGACCCGCCUGGACGGACACCCGGAGCUGGCCGCGGACACCCCGACGGCCCCACCGAUACGCAGACAGACCCAGAUGGACCUCGGUAUCGGGACAGACACACGGACCCACCCGUGGGUGCCUGGAGGGACACCCAGACCCAACGGACACCCAGGCAGAGCCGCUGACACCCGGACGGAGCCCCGGACCCACCCACGGACACCCAGACCCACCCAUGGACACCUGGACACCCAGACGGACCCACUGACACCCAGAGCCACCCAUGGACAACUGGACACCUAGACGGACCCUUAGACCUACUGAUAGACACCCGGACCCCCGCCCGCUCUUGGACAGCCGGACAGACCCCCAGACCCACCCUCGGACACUGGGACCCCUGGACAGACCCACUGACACACUCGGACGGACUCGCCAACACCCAGACAGACGCAUGGAUCCAGCCACGGACACCCGGACCCCUGGAUGGACCCCCGCGGCCGCUGGUGGACACCGAGACCAACCCACGGACACUCGGACAGACCCCCGGACUCACUGACAGACCCCCGGACGGACCCCCGCACCCACUGACAGACACCUGGACCCAGCCACGGUCACCCAGACGGACCCCUGGGCGCCUGGAGGGACUCCCAGACUCACUGACAGACCCCCGGACAGACACUCGGACCCCCAGACGGACCCCUGGACCCCCGGAGGGACCCCGGGGCCCGGGGACACCCUCCUCCCUGGGCCCCCCGGGGGCGCCGGGGCCCCGCGCGGGGGGUGGAGGGUCCCCGGGUGCCGACCAGCCCCCGGGAAUAAAGCACCCGCUGGGGGGGUUUUUACA